UCCUACCUUCUCUCCAAACAACAGAUCGUUUCAUUGGGUAAUUUGCAAAUAAUCCUAAUUAAAAAGCUUACGGCAUUUGAUUCGUCGAUUGUCAGAAAAAUGGAUUCCAAUCUCAGAUCCUUCAACCCCAACAAGCAGCUCAAAGAACAAUUUGUGAGCAAUUUGACUGGCUCGUCUAUGCUCGAGCUCUUCGUUGUUAUUACAACAUUCUCCUGUUUGGUACUUCUAAGACGAACCUUUGGCUGUGAUAUCAUGGUUGGUCAUAAUGCCACAGAAGCCUCUAUGAAGAAAAAUGAUGAAGUUGUUGGAUAUAAGAGCCUGAGGGCUUUUGUUGCUGUGAUGGUUGUAGAUUUCUUCUUCAUCCUUGCCCCAUUUACUUUAUUUCUUACUGUUUUGUCUGAAUGGAUAUAUUUGAUUGCAACUUCGCUGAUCUUGUUGCUGCUUAUCUCUUUUUCAGCUAGAAGAUUUAGAUCUUCUUCUUUUCAGGAAAGUGGUGUCUUUUCUUUUAGGGCAAACAUCUCAUCUUACCGGGUUGCUAUGAUGCUUGCCACGUGCUUGUGUAUUUUGGCUGUUGACUUCAAAAUAUUUCCUAGAAAAUAUGCUAAAACAGAGACCUAUGGCACUGGUUUGAUGGAUCUUGGGGUGGGCUCAUUUGUUUUAGUCAAUUCCCUGGUUUCACAACAGGCACGAGGCAAUUCAAUAGUGACACUCAGAAGUACAAUCCGCUCAUGUAGUCCUCUAAUUCUUCUUGGAUUUGCCCGACUGUUUUUUACCUCUGGCGUUGAUUAUCAGGUUCAUGUCGGGGAAUAUGGAGUGCACUGGAAUUUCUUUUUUACGCUUGCUGGUGUGUCAAUCCUGACAUCGGUGAUAAAUGUUCCUUCAAGAUACUGUGGGCUUCUGGGUUUCUUUGUUUUAGUGGGAUAUCAAUUCUUUCUGUCACAUGGGCUAAACGAUUACUUGCUCUCUGAUAAAAGAGGGGCAGACAUUAUUAGUCAAAACAAGGAAGGGAUAUUCAGCAUGAUUGGAUAUUGGGGCAUAUAUCUUGUUGGUGUACAAUUGGGCAGCCUUCUUUUAUUUGGGAAUCAUGGCGAGGUUAUGAGAAGUGCCGAUAAGGGGGGAAGCAUUACAGUUUGGGUGCUUUGUAUUUUCUUCUGGUUGUUGACUUUAUAUCUAGAUUGGCAUGUGGAGAGAGUAUCUCGCAGAAUGUGCAACCUGGCAUAUGUCACUUUGGUAUUGGCUCUAAAUCUACAGGUACUAGCCAUAUUAACACUUUCUGAUUAUAUACCUGGAAAUAGAAUUUCCAUUCUGGAAGAAGCAUUUAACCGAAACCUAUUGGCAUCUUUUCUUCUGGCUAAUGUGCUGACGGGGUUAGUGAACUUGUCCAUUGACACGCUCUUUGUUUCACCAGCCACUGCCCUUGCCAUCCUGCUUCUUUAUCAAUUUACUUUAUGUGCUUUCGUUGGAUGUGCAUACUUCUUUGGCGUCAAGUUGAAAUUUUGGUAGCGGACCUUGCUUCCGCUUUGCCAAUUGAAUCCUAACUGCUUUUUGGGCCACAAUUGAACUUUUAAACUUGUAGUUUGCUUAUUUUAUCUCUACCAUGUAACUUUCAUAUCCACGAGGCAGUCACAAUUAUGUUCUACAAAAAUUUGCUUCUCAAGGAGUUCCCUUUGACUUGAAUGGACUUCAAAUCUUUGGGGGUUUCAGUACCUGGUUGAGACAAUUGUGUCCAACCCAUCAACGAAGUUGCCCACACAAUGAAGUUCACAUGCAUCUCUGCUUGUUGAAUUGCCUAUUGCAUAAGCUCAAGUAUCAUUUGCCUAUAAGGAGUUUGUGUACACGUACAACUCAUAGAGUUUGGGUUGUACGUUCUUUUCUCUCCUAACAUUAUUGUUUGUGCAUGGCUACUAUGCUAGAUUGCAUUUUAUCCGUACCCACAAAGCCAUUAAGCAGUACUACAGUGUACUACUACUAGACAGUAGUAGAGUAAAAAGUAAAAGGACACUAAAGGCUGAGCUGAAGCCUAAAAAGGCAUUGGCCAAUAUGUAUUCCUUCCCUUCCAUUCUUGGGUCAAAAGCAAAUUUUAAAGAGAGUUUUAACUUCAAUGUGAAUAUA